AUUAAUAAGAGGGUGCGUACCCUGGGAUUGAUUCAGUGAGCAAGCUAAUUCCAUGGCUAUCGGCAAGUCACCCCUAUGCUAUCUAAGCUUCUCUCUCUUCUCAGCCCUACUCCUGAUUCUUCUAGCCACACUAACAUCCGGGAACGGGCUCCAAACCCCAAAGUUCCAUGGUUUCUCAUUCCGAGAAAUCACGGUGCAGCAAAUCCAGCUCGGUUUCAAGCGAAACCAAUUCACCUCCAGGAGACUGGUUGAGUUCUACCUUAAAGAAAUCGACAGAAUCAACCCCUUGCUUAAGGGUGUCUUAGAGUUGAACCCAGACGCACUGUCCCAAGCUGAUAAGGCUGACCACGAGCGCUCUACUAAAGCAGCCAUUUCACUCUCUCCGCUGCACGGUGUUCCAAUUCUGAUCAAAGACAACAUUGCAACCAAGGAUAAGAUGAACACCACGGCUGGCUCGUACGCAUUGCUCGGCUCGGUUGUACCACGGGACGCCGGCGUGGUGACCAAGUUGAGAAAAGCUGGGGCUAUUAUAUUGGGGAAGGCCAGCUUGAGCGAGUGGUCUCAUUUCAGAUCGAAUAAUGCACCCAGUGGUUGGAACGGCAGAGGUGGCCAAGGGAAGAAUUCUCAACGGGACAUCUCAAAAUCCAUGAUUUGCGAUGGCUUGCAGAAUCCCUAUACAGGGGGUGAUCCUUGUGGAUCAAGCAGCGGAUCAGCAAUAUCCGUCGCAGCAAAUAUGGGAGCAGUGUCGAUAGGGACCGAGACUGAUGGCUCUAUUUUAUGUCCGUCCAACAAUAACUUGGUGGUGGGCUUCAAACCGACGGUUGGUCUCACUAGUAGAGCAGGAGUCAUACCAAUAUCCCCAAGACAGGACAGCGUGGGGCCCAUUUGCAGGACAGUGUCAGAUGCUGUUUAUGUUCUUGAUGUCAUCGCAGGCAUUGACUACAAUGACAAGGCGACAAUUGAAACAUCGCGGUACAUUCCGAAAGGUGGCUAUGCACAAUUUCUCAAGGCUGACGGGCUCCGAGGAAAGAGACUGGGGAUAGUGAUAAAUCCCUUCUAUCUUGGGAUCGGCAAUGAUACUAUAGCAAUUAUUGAAAAACAUCUCAACACUUUGAGGAAGCGAGGUGCAGUGCUGUUAGACAAUCUGGAAAUACCCAAUCUUGCCGCCUAUGGCAAUUCCGGGAGCGCUGAAAACACCGCAAUGUUGGCUGAGUUCAGAAUAUCCUUGAAUGAAUACCUAAAGGAGCUAGUGGCUUCCCCAGUGCGUUCCUUGGCUGAUGCAAUUGCCUUCAACAAGAAAAACCCAAAAUUGGAGAAGCUUGAAUAUGGGCAAGAACUUUUUAUAAACGCAGAAGCAACAAAAGGGAUUAGGAAAGCGGAGAAGGAAGCAUUAUCAUUUAUGAAUAGACUGAAUAGAGAAGGUUUCGAGAAGUUGAUGACAAAGAAUAAGCUAGAUGCCUUAGUGACUCCUACGGCUAGUGUUUCCCCCACCCUUGCAAUUGGGGGUUUCCCAGGAGUAAUUGUCCCCGCAGGAUUUGACUCUGAUGGCCAACCUUUUGGUCUUGUUUUUGGAGGACUAAAGGGUUCGGAGCCAAAGCUGAUUGAGAUCGCAUAUGGCUUUGAACAAGCGACAAAGAUCCGGAAGCCUCCUAAACUUUAAGGCCAUGUAACAGCUAGCAUUUAUUCUAUGCUCUACCCUUCGUAUGAAUAUCAGCAAAAUGAUGAAGCUGUUAUCGAUAUGCUGCAAAAAUAAAAAUAAAAAAUGAUAUUAACCUUAAAUAAAUGCUCGAUGUCAUCUUUACCA